AUGGAUGUUAAGGAUGCUGUAUCAAAAUAUAAGGAGACCAAUGAUGUUGAUGUCAAGUAUAUGCUUUUAAGACAAGAUUUUAAGAUUGAGACAAUUCCAAAUGAUCUCGUACAUCUUUUAAAUCAAUUAUUGUUUCCUAUUCUAUUGAAUGAAACUGAUUUGGAAUUGAUUGAUUUGGUUUCAUCUGAGGUUUUUCCUGUGGUAAUUAAAAAAGGGUUACUAUUGACCAGUAUCAAUGGGAUGUAUAAUGCUAAUUUUAUGUUACAAUAUUUAAUCGAGCCAUUUUUAAGAGACAAUGAGUCUAGAAAUACUAUGAUGAUUACUACAUUACGCAAUAUAUUGAAAAAUAUUGAUUCAAAAAAGAUAAUUGUUGAUAAAUCUGGAGCAGAAGAGAUUAUUAGAUAUUUUAUUGAACACUUCAAUAAACACAACGAAUCUUAUUCAAGCAACAGGGUUAUGUAUUGGGAAACAUUGCUGCUUUUACUUCAAUUUUUUUAUGAUAGUGAACCUGAAUCUAAUGAAUUAAGUACAGAUAUCAUCAAAAGUGCAAUACUUUUUACAAACAAUGGUUUGUUAGAUAGUAGCAUCAAAGAUUGUUUGGUUUAUAUAACUAAAAAUACAUCAAAUAAUGAGCUUUCAAGAAUUGUCGAAAUUGCAAGUUUUGAUAUCAUUGAAAUUAUUUCUGUGGUAUGGAAUAAAUUCAACGUGGUAGUUGAAAAAUUGCUAGAUAGAAGAAUUAUCCCAAGCAUUAUUCGUUAUAAUGAAGAUAAUGAUAUAAGUGAUGAACUUAUUUUAACACAAUUAAAAACUUUAUCAAAUUUACAUAAAUUUUUUGAUACAAACAUAUUACUUUUGACACAAGAUGAAUCUGGUGGAAUAAUGACCAACUAUAAUAAUAAAAAUACGAAAUAUAUUAGUGACAUUCUACUAUCAAAACUACGAGAGGCAUUGAUGUCAUUAUUGCUGCUUGAAACUUCAAAAUUUGAUGUUCUUUGUGAACGAAAUGAAACUGAAUAUAGAAAAGGUUUUAUGGAAGAAGAUGAUAACAAUGACGAAAUGGAACUAGAUGAUGAUGCUGAUCAACAAGCGUAUUUGGAAGAAUUAGAGGAUGAUCAAGAUGAAGAGCCAUUCUUAGAGGAAGAAGGGAAUAUUGUUAAUAAUGAAGACAUUAAAAGUCGUACAAAUUUGAUUAUUAAUGAAACUUUAGAACUAUUACUAAAAUUAGGUGUAGAGAAUAUUAAUAAUUUUGAAAUUUUCGAAAUAAUGAAGAGAUUUAACAUAAAAUUACCUAAUGAUGAUGUUACUGACAACGAAAUGGAAUUUAAUGAGAAACUAAUAGCUAGCAUGGGUUUUGAAGAACUUUGUGAAAAUAGUAAACCAUUGGUUAAGGAACUGGGGGAAAGAAUCAAUGAAAAUAUCGAAGUUUCGAUUGAGUUAGAAAGAUGGAUUCAUACUAUUCGCGAUGUAGUAGUUAAACUUAAUAAUAACCGGAGUAAUUACCAAUAUGAACAACAAUGUGCUGAAAUUGAGAAUGGCAUAUGCUCAAUAUUGACACCAUUAUUAAAACCUAUCAAAACAUACAUUACUACGAUCAAAGUAGGGAAUAUGAAACAGAGUAUUGAUGAAGGCAUUACAAUUAGGACAUCGAUAUACGGAAUUGUUUCACAGUUAAAUGAUAUAGAAUAUUCGAGAGCAUGUGAGGUGAUAAUUGAAAUGAUACAAAAAGGACUAAAAGAACGAGAAAAUUAUGCAAUCAAUCAGCUAGCUAUGAAGACCUUAGAAAAGCAAUUGAGUUUACACCGUGAUGAUAUACAAGGCUUAAAUGAAGAUUGGUACCAAAACGUAUUAAUUCCGAAGGUUCAUAAUAGACUUCUUAAAUUGGAUGCAAUUAUAGGAACACAAGAAGAAGAUGAAGAAGAAUUAAAGGAUGAUACCGUAUUACAACAGAAAAUUCAGAUUAUUAAUCAAUUGAAGAGCUUGUUUGUUUAA